GCUAUGACGGUUGAUCACGAGUCGAGAACAAAACUCCUAGCGCUUUGUAAUGCCUCCUUCAUGCCGAACGUGACCCGCAUCGUCAUGGCUCGCGGCAUGUGACUCGCCGCCAGACGUGACACAAUCUCCUCGCGCCCUCCUUUGUCACGGUUCCUGCGGCUCCCACGCCCCUCACUUACCUCGGGAACUCUCGGCAGGUCGCAUUCCAGCCGAGCCCUGGAGGAAUCUCGAGCCACCAGGAGCCUCCCAGUUGCUCGAAAAGCCUCCCGUGGUAGUGUUUAGUGUGGAAGGUUCGACCCAGCCUCGGAAAAAAAAAGAGUUCGUCUCGAGGCCUCCCCUGGAAUAAACUUUUUUUUUCCAGGGCCCGCGUGGCGUUGUUCCCUUUUUAACGCCGCUACGCCCGCAGGAUGAGUGAGGUUGGGAGUGAUGUUGGCUACGAUGAGACGCCCAUCGGUGCCGGGCCCUUGGGAGGCUAUCAAUUGACCGGAAAUCCCAAUCCUAUGGGACUCCCCUUCUUCAGGGAUCUACAUGACUUCACUCUGCAUCAGGAGGACCGCGCUUCUCUCCUCGGAUCGACGGAACUACUGGCCCAUGAUUCCUACUCGGAUGAUAAUGGGUCCAGCGUGGAGCUUAUCAAGCACACCACCACCAGAUACGGAACCUGGAAACCCGUUGACGAGGGCAUCACCUUGACCUGGCGUGACCUGAGUGUGUACGUCCGGCAGAAGAGGGUCUGGUACAAGAGGCACAAAGGGGAACAGAAGCCUUUUAAACGGGUGUUGAAUAAUGUAUCUGGCGCUGUCGGACCGGGAAGUCUCGUGGCGCUUAUGGGAUCAAGUGGCGCAGGGAAGUCAACGCUAAUGAACGCCCUCGCCCACCGUACACCAGGGGGCGUUGUGGUUGACGGUGAGAUUAUGGUGAACGGACAUCGAGCCAACCGAAGUAUGAAUUCACUGUCCGGUUACGUCCACCAAGAUGACCUGUUCGUGGGAUCUCUUACCGUCAGGGAGCACCUUCUCUUCAAUGCGCGUCUGCGAAUGGACCGCCGCACGACCAAGGCCGAGCGAGAGGGCAGAGUCUCCGAGAUGAUAAAGGAACUCGGGCUGAAGAGAGUCCAGAACAACCGCAUUGGAGUCCCGGGAACAGACAAGUCCUUAUCGGGAGGAGAGAGGAAGAGGCUCGCUUUCGCCACGGAGAUCCUCACCGAUCCUCCCAUGCUUUUCUGCGACGAGCCUACCACAGGCCUAGACUCCUACAACGCCAAGAAACUGGUCAGGAUGAUGAAGGAAAUGGCGGCUCGAGGGAAGACCAUCCUCUGCACCAUUCACCAGCCCUCCACCGAAGUCUUCAUGAUGUUUGAUAAGCUGCUCCUGCUGGCUGAGGGGCGCCUGGCUUACAUGGGGUCCUCCUCAGGGGCUCUGGAGUUCCUCGAUGGCCUAGGUCACAAGUGCCCCGCGACCUUCAACCCAGCCGAUUUCUACAUCCACACCUUAGCUGUCCAGCCGGGUCAUGAACUAAGGUCUCGGGAGCGGAUUAAGCGGAUUUGUGACAAUUUCGCCGUCUCAGCCUACGCGAAGGACAUUGACAUCUCCAUUCAGUACCAGGAUAACAUGAGUCUGCAGUUCACGGAUAGGGGGAAAACUACUUCAUACAGUGGAACGGGGUCUUCUGGUCAGUCUAGUACGGAAUCUAUAGUCAACAUCGUGAGAAAUGUGCCCCAAGUUCCGAACUGGUGGGUGCAGCUGUACUGGCUCACGUGGAGGGCGCUCCUCGACUCGUACAGGAACCCGAGUAUUCAUGGCAUCAGGAUCCUGCAGAAGAUUCUAAUGGCCCUCCUCAUUGGCGUCUGCUACACCAACACCUACCUCAACCAGCAAGGAAUUCAGGACAUCGAGGGCGUGCUGUUCAUCUUCAUCACGGAGAACACUUUCCCCUCGAUCUACGCCGUGCUCAAUAUCUUCCCCUUGGAGCUCCCUCUUUUCCUGAGGGAAUAUCGGAACGGGAUAUACAGGUCCGAUACGUAUUAUAUGGCCAAGAUGUUCUCUAUGCUCCCCGGCUUUAUCCUGGACCCCAUCAUUUUCACCACCAUCUGUUACUGGAUGGUCGGCCUUCAACACCACAGCUACCAGUUCUUCAUGACCGUUCUGAUCGUGAUCUUCACCACCAGCGUCGCUUCUGCCUGUGGUGCCAUGUUUUCAGCCAUGUUUGAAAAUAUCGAAUACAGUCAAGUCAUUCUCGUGCCAUUUGACAUCCUUAUGCUCAUCACUGGAGGUCUUUUCGUCAACCUAACCACGCUGCCCUGGUUCAUAAGCUGGACGAAAUAUAUCUCCUGGUUCAUGUACAGCAACGAGGCCCUGACUGUCACCCAGUGGACCGGCGUGAAAGAGAUCGUGUGCGACGCUGACCCCGGAGUCCCUUGUAUUACCACGGGGGAAGGAGUCAUCAACAAGUACACCUUCAGCAGGUCACACCUUCCAUGGGACUUCAUCUCGAUGGCGGUGCUCUAUCUCUGUUUCCAUUUCAUUGGCUUCAUCUCGCUCUACUGCAGAGCUAAGAAGAAGUAGAGAGGGAGGG